GUAGGAUUAUACCAAUUUAAAAGACACAUUUGGGGCAUGGAGAGCCCUGUAGGUCAGUGCUAAAAUUAGAGGCUGCUCCUUCGGCAACAGCAGCCAACAACUGCGAUGCACAAAGUCACGUAAACCAGGGGAUACACUAUCACACGGGCUGGCAGAAAAGACAUGUUUCCAUGGCUGACAUUUAACGCCACACGUUGACGAAAGAGGCUCUCGGGCAGGAUCGACACUCGGCGCUGCUGCGCAAAUAAUGAGUAUUUAGUAGUGUGUGUUUUCUGGAGACGCCAUAGUACUUCCUUCAGCGCACAGCUUCCAUGACUGAACACUUCUGCAAACAUGUCUUUUUUAUCCAUACCAAGUCAAGAGGGCCUUUUUACCACGAUUAAAACCGGCAAAUCGGCCGAGGAGGCAGUCUGCAGGUCCCACUCGGACGACAACGACUAUGAUGAUGAUGAUGAUGAUGAAGACGACGACAGCGCGGAGGACGUCCGCCUCAUCCCGAGGUGCUCCCCGGUGCCCAGAAAGCGAGGCCACUCCAUCUACGACGAGACCGCUGAGUACAUGCGGAUCCAUUUCGCGCUGCACGCCGGAAAGAGAGUGUUUUUUGCCGACACAACAGGUGGCGAUCUGGUGGACGUGAAGGAAUUUGUUGCCUUUGAUUCGGACGAUGAAGAGGAGAGUACCAGGUGGGAGGAAGAGGAGGCGAAGUACCGAAAGCCAGAGCGACAGCCGAUCUAUCAUGUGCAGCCAGAGUUUAACGCGCCCACCGCCGGUGCCUUGCUGCAGGCGGUGCACUGUAAUAAAGUGGAGGUCGAGCAGAUAUCUCCAGCAGAGAAUGAGCCACUUGCCUUCAGUGGGGUGAUACGGGUCCUGAACAUCUCCUUCCACAAAGCAGUUUACAUCAGAUCCACCAUGGACAACUGGGCUACUUACUUUGACCACCCAGCAGAGUAUGUCCAGGGAUCUCAUGAUGGAAGCACUGAUCAGUUCUCCUUCAAGCUGUCUUUUGCACCACCUUACACCACACACGGCUCUCGCAUUGAGUUCGUCGUCCGCUAUGAAACCUCUGAUGGUGAUUACUGGGCUAAUAACUCCUCUAUGAAUUAUGUGGUCACUCUGCUUCUGUCCUACGAAGACGAUUCUACUCGGACAAACGACGACUCGCAGCAAGUUCGAGGUAUCCUGAGACCCCCCAAAAUGUACAGUAUGAAUGAUGAUUUCGAUUCAGAGGACGAGCAGGAAAAGGACGAAGCAGAAGAAGCACGGACCUCCAGGUCUGGACUUUUCAGACCUACAGCUGUCUGCCCGGUCAUCGUGCAUCCGGAGAUUGACAUCGAGAUUGCGGAUCACCCAUCUGGUCCCUGUGUCCCACCGAAGCCAGAGCUCCCAUCUGUUGAUGGCUCACUGUCCGCUCACACUGUAUCCCCAGGUGAACAAUUCCCUUACAUGUCUUCCGAAAAAACACUUCAAACUAAUUUAUCCUUUGUGCUCUGUGCCAGUGAAUCGGUCCAGCCAAAUAAGUCACAGCCUAUACCCAGACUCCACUGUGAAUUAGGCAACCAAACGUCAGGCGUGCCCGUAGACCGUAGUCCCCGUGCACCGCUGCCGGCUCCAACUCCCUCUCUGCAACACGAGUCAUGGCCGAGAUCAGACAGCUCCCAGGAAAGAGAAGAGGAAAUCCCUCCCUCCGAGGCCUCGUGCGUUUAUCUUCCCACCGCAGGGACAAAUCUGUGGCCAACAACAGGAGAGGACGGUAUGACCGACGGCCCGGUCAGCCACCGUUGUCUCGAACUGCCCCCUGAGUGCGCCGCUCCUCCCACUGCGACUCGAGGCUCUGAGCGAGAGGUCGCAGCGGGAUUGAGCAAACUUGUUGCAGGAUUAUCAGAAGGUUGCACCAGGUCCGCGGAGAAUGACGAAGGCAGCGCGGCUGAGCUUGUGUCCCCCGUGGCAGAGGGCGAGGCGUCUCUGGGAGCAGAAGGUGAAACUCCAGCGCCACCUGAACUCACAGAGAACGUGGGGCCGGACUCAGCAUGCCAGUCUUCCUCCGCCUGGGAAGGGAAGGAAGACGCUCCCCAGAUUUCCCCCGACGCAUUAUUAUCCGAGAAUCUACCAAACACGUUGUCAGAGGUUUCCGAGAUCAGGAACCUGAUGCCAUCCAUCGUCUUUCUGAGUGCAGUUGUCUCCCUCUCGGUAGUGUUGCAGGAACCCAGUGCCCUCUUCAUAAUCGGACUGGUUUUGGUCCUGCACCGUUUUUGAUUUUGCCACACAAGUUCAUUCUGAUCUGUUUUCAAGUGAAGUGCCUUUUCAUGACUCCAAAAACACCAACAAGUAAAACUAAAAAACUAAAAACACCAACAAAAAAAACCCCACGAGUCUCCCGUUGAAGUUGUGUGUCACUGUGAGUUUAUAGAUUAGUACAUGUUUUGAUCAAAUGAAAGGGUGCAAGGGAAACAGUGUUUCCAUGAAAGGUCCAAUGCAAGGAGAAAGUAAUUACACAAAUAUUGCAAAUAUGUUCAUGUGAAACAAGUGCUAGUUAAUAGAACAGGAGUCACUUAUUACCCCACUUCUACAACACCAUUGUGAUCACUCUAACACAUAUAUAUGAUCUAUUAUUAUAUAUUAUAUUAUGUAUUAUUAUAUAGCACAGUAUAUUUUUUGUAUGUGGUCUGUAAUUACGUUUGUGUUGUCAUGUUGAGAUGGUGUACGUGGUGUUAUAUUCUGAUGUGAUCAAUCAGUCCUAUAAUACACUUGUCCUCGUUUUUGUGAGUGUUGUUGUCUAACCCCACUGCCAUGAAUUUAACUUUUGUGAAUUCCACGUGUUGUUAUGUCAAAAAAAACAUUACGGUAGUGGGACACGAAAGAGACUUGGAAUGGAUGGAAUUUUGUUUACAAAUGCAAAGUAUUUUUGCCUUAAUGCCUAAAAUAAAAUAAAAACACCUAUAGUAAACAUAUGCUGCUUGAGGGACAAAAGUGGAAAACUGUCCAUUGUGACAUAAUUUAAUCCUCACCAUUUCAUUUGAUGAGUCUUCCUUUGGAUUCUUGCUAGUAAACCCAGAUUGUUGUUGUUGCGCAACACGAAACGUUAUCGCACCACUUUGACAACCUCACAGGCGGA